AUCUAUCACUUUACAUAUCUUUGCGAGUUAAAACCGGUCGCCGACUUAUGCUAUAAAUAUAUUUACCAUAUCUUAUUAUAAUAUAAAUAGGUAUUCUGUAUUAGCGCGAUUUUGUUGUACCAGUAACCAAGGUACUUGGUUUCAGCAAGGACAAAAUGGCUGAAAAAGAAAAUGGCAGAGAAUAUUCAAGACUUCAACCGAAUCUAGUUGUAGAUCACCGGGAUCGUCAAAUCGCGGAUCUUAACGAGCGAAUCGAGCAGAUCGCCUCAAUGAUCUCCAACCCAUCGACACAUCGUUUAACUGAUCCAUUCCCUUUCUGUUCGCCUUGGCAAGUAAAGAUAGCGUCGCUAGACACGGUAAAAUCGAAUCCAGUUGCUUGGACGCUAUAUUGCCGUGAUUGGGUGGAAGGCAAACGAGAUACAAAAGCGAUACCAGAGGUUGAACGUCCGCCACAUAUGUCUCAUAUAAAUGGGGCCAGGCCAUUAAUGGCAACGCACACCGUCACUAGAGCUGCAUCUUUUACACAGCCGCUUUUACCACAAAGUGUCCAACCUUUAAUUUCCCCAAUCAACCAGGAAAAUACUUCUUGGUUAGUUAGUAAAACUGUGGUUACAAAUCUGACUCCAGUCAAUCAAGGCGCUAGCACAUCGACGGUAUUGGCCAACAACCCAACUACCAUGACUCUAGCAAGCCAAUCGAUCUUAAAACGCAAAGCCAAGAGUCCAUCAAAACUACGCAAGGAUCGGAUUAAAUUACAAGCAUUCAAGCAAAAAAAUAAAUAAAAUACUGAAUGACAAACGGGAGACAAGUUCAUA